AAAGCUGAUUUCAAAAUGUCUAAUUUUUAUUUACAGGAACAUGAAGUGUUAAUUGCACAAUCAAAUCAGAUAUUGACUGCUAUUAUUCACGGAAUGCGUCAGAAUGAGCCGAGCAACCACGUUCGGUUAGCUGCGACAACCGCCCUCCUCAAUUCCCUUGAAUUUACUAGAGCAAAUUUUGAUAAAGAGUCUGAACGUAACUAUAUAAUGGAGGUAGUUUGUGAAGCUACGCAGUCUUCAGACACGCAGGUUCGAGUCGCGGCACUACAAUGUCUGGUAAAGAUUAUGUCUCUGUAUUACCAAUACAUGGAAACAUACAUGGGGCAGGCAUUAUUUCCCAUCACCUUGGAAGCUAUGAAAUCGGAUAUUGAUGAAGUUGCGUUACAAGGCAUUGAAUUCUGGUCCAACGUGAGUGAUGAAGAAGUGGACUUGGCCAUAGAGGACAGUGAAGCAGCGGAAGCGGGACGGCCACCUCAAAGGACUUCUAGGUUCUAUGCAAAAGGAGCACUACAGUUUCUUGUUCCUGUUUUAGUGCAGAAACUUACAAAGCAGGAGGAAUAUGAUGAUGAGGAUGAUUGGAACCCCAGUAAAGCAGCAGGUGUAUGUCUCAUGCUGCUGGCUACAUGCUGCGAAGAUAAUAUUGUGCCAUUUGUUCUCCCCUUUGUCAAAGACAACAUCAAAAGUGCUGAUUGGAGGUUCAGGGAUGCUGCCCUCAUGGCUUUUGGAUCGAUUCUUGGUGGAUUGGAUGUGGGUACCUUGAAACCACUUGUAGAACAGGCAAUGCCAACACUAAUAGAGGCCAUGUAUGACACUAGCGUUGUAGUGAGGGAUACGGCAGCUUGGACAUUUGGCCGUGUGUGCGAGAUUAUCCCUGACGCAGCUAUUAAUGAGACGUAUUUGAAACCACUUUUGGAGAGUCUAGUCGCUGGAUUGAAGUCGGAACCCAGAGUUGCGGCAAAUGUGUGUUGGGCAUUUACUGGCUUGGCAGAGGCAAGCUAUGAGCAGGCAGAAGGAAACGAGGAUGAGGCACAGCCAGACACAUACUGCUUAUCGGAAUACUUUGAGUUUAUUGUGCAGAGACUGCUUGAAACAACAGACAGACCAGAUGGAGCACAGGCUAAUCUGCGAUCAGCAGCGUACGAAGCUUUGAUGGAAAUGGUAAAGAACUCUCCACGAGACUGCUACGUAACUGUGCAGAAGACCACAAUGGUUAUUUUGGAGCGACUGCAACAGGUGCUGCAGAUGGAAACGCACAUUCAGAGCCACAGUGACCGAGCGCAGUACAACGACUUGCAGAGCCUCCUCUGUGCAACUUUGCAGGAUAACACAGUUCAUCAGUCAGUGAAGCCUCAGAUCCUCAUUGCAUUUGGAGAUAUUGCUCUGAGUAUUGGUCCAGCAUUUAAGAAAUAUUUUGACGUUGUUCUGCAGACGUUGGUUCAAGCUUCACAAGCUCAACUAGAUCGGACUGAUUACGACAUGGUCGACUAUCUGAAUGAGCUGCGUGAAGGCGUGUUGGAGGCAUAUACUGGUAUCGUGCAGGGAUUGAAAGGUGACGGAACUGCGCCCACUCCAGAUAUACAGUUGCUGGAACCCCAUGUCACAUUCAUUGUGCAGUUCGUUACAUUUGUAGCCCAGGAUUCUGAUCACUCGGAUAGUAAUGUGGCAGCUUCUGCUGGCCUCGUAGGUGAUUUGUGCACUGCAUUUGGUGCUAAGAUGCUGCCGUUACUAGAUGUGGAGCCCAUAAAUGAAUUGCUGUCCCAAGGAAGACGUUCUCGAGUGUCAAAGACGAAGACGCUGGCCACGUGGGCUACAAAGGAGGUCCGCAAGCUCAAGACGGCCACCUCCAGCUGGACUGAUUACGACAUGGUCGACUAUCUGAAUGAGCUGCGUGAAGGCGUGUUGGAGGCAUAUACUGGUAUCGUGCAGGGAUUGAAAGGUGACGGAACUGCGCCCACUCCAGAUAUACAGUUGCUGGAACCCCAUGUCACAUUCAUUGUGCAGUUCAUUACAUUUGUAGCCCAGGAUUCUGAUCACUCGGAUAGUAAUGUGGCAGCUUCUGCUGGCCUCGUAGGUGAUUUGUGCACUGCAUUUGGUGCUAAGAUGCUGCCGUUACUAGAUGUGGAGCCCAUAAAUGAAUUGCUGUCCCAAGGAAGACGUUCCCGAGCGUCAAAAACGAAGACGCUGGCCACGUGGGCUACGAAGGAGGUCCGCAAGCUCAAGACGGCCACCUCCAGCUGGUAAGUGAU